UACAUUUGUUUCGGGAAUGAAAAGGUUUAGUUUCUGUGUGAGGACCACAGAAGGUUACAUGUGGAACAACAGAAGGUUACAUGUGAAACAACAGAAGGUUACAUGUGAAACAACAGAAGGUUACAUGUGAAACAACAGAAGGUUACAUGUGAAACAACAGAAGGUUACAUGUGAAACAACAGAAGGUUACAUGUGAAUCAACAGGGCUUUGACAAUGUUUUGCUGUUUGGCACUUUUGUAAAUAUAUAUAUAUAAUGAAAGCAUGGAGUGUCGUCAUCGUUUUUCCCCCUUUAAAUCAGAACAGAACCAAUAGAUCCCCUCUUCUAUAUGCGUCCAGUUAGUGAUUCACUGUAAGGGUUUCAUUCAUAAAGUCUAGAGCUCAUUCAUCUCUGAAAGGCUUCCACAAGCAAAAGCCCCAACAUCAAUAUUGGAACAAUAAAAAAACGAAACGUUGCUCAUAUUAAGAGGCGCCAUAACCAAUGUGUCCGACAUUUAAUUAACUCCCUGUGAAUAUCUUUAAAUACCCCGUCCAUUAUCCCGGGAGCAGAGCUCCACAGUCGGAAUUAUAGGUCACAAAAGUGAAUUAAUUUGGAGCUGCAAUUGAUUCCCUCCCCGCGCAUUGGUCCGACCGUCGUGACCUAUGGCCACCCGACACCCAUUAACCACUGCUCUGCUUGGGGCAGCCGGAGCUCCCCGCCCCUGAGAGUAUAAAGACGGGGAGCACGGUCCUGACCGGCAGACCCCCGACCUCCCCAUAACCAUCAGAGACCCCCGACUUUCCGAGACCCAGCGGUCCACACGGAUACAGAAAGGCCUGCUCCUUAUCAACGGUGGCCAUGAGAGGGUUAAGGACAGUGACUUUAGCCCAGCUGCUCUCCAUCCUGCUGCUGGCGACGCUCGUCUCGCGUUCGUGGAGCGCGCCGAAGAGUUCUUUCCAGAGGAGGAACUGGACUCCGCAGGCGAUGCUGUACCUGAAGGGAACACAGGGCAGGCGGUUCAUCUCAGAAGACGGGAAGGAAGGAGACGUCUACGACACGUUGCACUUGGAGAGCCAGGGGGGCCUGAGCCCGGAGAAGCAGAGCGUGGACCAGGCCGCCGCCCUGCUGCUCAGCUUCCUGCAGACGCUGAAGGACCAAGCCAACGAAAACGCCAACCAGCUGUCCUUCCAGGACCUUCCGGUGUGGAAGCGGGAAUACUUCUGAUGGAGGCGUGUCUGAAACGGCUCAAGACCAUCCCUGAUUGGAUGUUUAUAAUACUGCGUGCUGCGAUGGGGAGAGAAGACGUUUUGUAAAUACUCGUGCUCGGAUGAUGAUUGUUUGACGUGUUGUUUUAAUAAAAACGAGUUUGAAUUCAUAGCAUUCUGUUGUCUGAAGGAGUUCUGCUACAACGAGACAGGGUGAAUGAACCUUCACCAGACACAUUCAACGUAAUAUUCACAAACCGUGGGACCAUCUGACAAGCACUGACAGACCAGUUGUGGGGGAUAGGGGGGAGGAUGAGACCAGACCCCAACACACACUUUGCUAAGCACCGCUGAGAAUGUAGACGUAUAUCAAACAGAUCAAAUGAAAAGUGAGAAAUAUUUAAUCUGAUCCGUCCAAAUACCAGGAAAAUAACAACAUGUACGAUUGUUACAUUGGGUUGGUGAAACCGUUUUCUGUAAAAAAAAUUUUAAUCAACUGCUAGAUCUUCGUGAAACAACUAAACUCAUUUGUUCUUGCUGAGGAUUUCGUAGCUGGUUCCUCUCCCUAACAUUUAUUAUAUGAGGUCCUGGUUGUCAAUUACUAUUUCCCAACACGACAACUCAUUAAAAAGCACUCGACAUGAUUUUGGUUUAAGAAUACUGGAAGGUGGCUUUCCAAGUCCCGCCCCCAAUGUUCCAAAUAUGGGUAGUUUCCCCUGUUCGCUAAAACAAUGGCGUUGCGCCGCAGAAAAGAUAAU